AUGCACGGUGCAAAACUCUUCCUCGUCGGCGCUCUUGCCGCUGGUGUCUCGGCCGUUAAAGGACCUACCGUGCAUAACAGAAGGGUUCCUGGGCCAAAGCUGCAGGUCUUGCCUCGACAAUUACCAGCGGAGCCCACUGGAGUUAAGACAAUUGUCACCCCGAAUGGGAUCAACAUCACCUACAAGGAACCUGGCAAGGAGGGCGUCUGUGAGACAACCCCGGGCGUCAAUUCAUACGCAGGUUUUGUCAACCUUGCUCCCGAUGUUCACAGCUUCUUCUGGUUCUUUGAGUCGAGGAACGACCCUGCCAAUGAUCCAAUUACACUAUGGCUCAACGGAGGUCCUGGAAGUGACUCUUUGAUCGGAAUGUUCCAAGAGCUUGGCCCGUGCAAUGUCACUGAGAAUCUGACCACGCACCUCAAUCCCUACGCAUGGAACGAGGCCUCGAACAUGAUCUUUCUCAGCCAGCCAUUGGGUGUGGGUUUCUCAUAUGGCUCCAAGGGCCCCGGCUCGCUGGAUCCUAAUUUCGGACAAUUCGUUCCUCCGUCAGAGGCAAACGUCACGGGCCGAUACCCAAUAAUCAACGCGACUGAGAUUGAUACCACCGAUCUUGCCGCGAUCGCUGCAUGGGAGGUGCUUCAAGGAUUCUACGCAGCACUACCGCAGCUUGAUUCUAAAGUCCAAUCAACCAAAUUCAACCUGUGGACGGAGUCCUAUGGAGGACAUUAUGGUCCUGCUUUCUUCAACUACUUUUAUCAUCAAAACGAAGCGAUCCUUAAUGGUACUCAAACCGGCAAAUCCUUCGAGUUUGUGAACCUGGGAAUCAUGAAUGGCAUUGUAGACGAAUACGUUCAAGCGCCCUACUACCCGAUUUUUGCCAACAACAAUACUUAUGGCAUCAAGGCUGUGAACGAUACUGUCUAUGACUAUAUGACUUUCGCCUGUUAUAUGAAUGACGGAUGCCUGGACCAGAUCUCUUUCUGCGCCGAAGCCGACACGAGCACCCUCACAGGCCAAGCUGCCUGCAGCGAGGCCGAGGCCAUGUGCCGGGAUAGUGUCGAGUCACCUUACUACUACUAUGGGGGCCGCGGAGUCUACGAUAUCCGUCACCCAUACGACGACCCUACCCCACCCACCUACUUCAUUGACUACCUCAACUUGGCCACGACACAACAAGCUCUAGGUGUCGACACAAACUACACGUCAGAUGCCAAUGAUGAAGUGUACUACGCCUUCCAGCAGACGGGCGAUUUCAUCUACUUCAACUUCAUUGACGAUCUAGAAGAGAUCCUUAAUUCGUCCUCGGUGCGCGUGACGCUUGUGUAUGGGGACGCGGACUACAUUUGCAAUUGGUUUGGCGGAGAAGCAGUGUCCCUAGCCGCCAAAUGGCCUCACGCUGCUCAAUUCAAGGCGGCGGGAUAUACGCCGUUCGUGGUGGAUGGAGUCGAGUACGGCGAGACGCGCGAGUAUGGCAACUUCUCUUUCACUCGCAUUUAUGAGUCGGGCCAUGAGGUACCCUACUAUCAGCCGAUUGCUGCCUUGGGCUUCUUCACACGCGCGAUCAAUGGUUUGGACAUGGCGACGGGUACGGUGCACGUGAACGGGACACAAGGGGGAACCAAUGGCAGCGCACAUGCCACUCAUACCGAGAGCUUUGUGCCAUUGCCAACCAGCUCGUCGAGCUCUGCAGCCUCGGCGGCGUCGUCGGUGCCCAAAGGUCCAGUGAUCCCAGGGCGAUUUGCGAGACGGGGAUAUUAA